AGUCCAGAGUGUGCAACUCUCAAAACACAAUUCCCCUCAAACAGCAGCCUGGUCAAUCCCGAAUCAGGUCAUAAAAGCAGGCAAUACACAAUUAUUUAUUACAGAAAGAGCUCAGAUGCUUACAAGUAAUACAUCUACCUUUUCAAUGAAUUUAUUUACUUAUUUUAAAAUUACAUGACGAGUGUUUAGGUAAAAUUCUGCUCUCAUCUUCAAAUGCCCUCAGUUUCCCAUUAGUUAAAAGCCCACUCAUUAGGAGGAGCACAUUCCUGGGACAAACACAUCAGCUGUUGUAAAUUGUUUCAGCGAAGUUUUCUGCUAUUCAUUGAUUUUGUAGAGGGCACGUCGCAGCAAUUCCCCAGGAAAGGCCAGGCCAUGGCUGUUCAGGCCAAGGCGUUGGCAGUAGUGGCACUUCUGGCUCUGGGUGAUGCUGCCCUGCCGAAGCCAGCACGGGCUCCCCUGGUUCUGCACAAGCCUUUCCUGGUGGUUUGGAACGCGCCCACCGAGCAGUGCCGGCUGCGCUACAAGGUGGACCUGGAUCUCGCUGUUUUUGACAUUGCGUCCAACACCAACGAGACUCUGAGUGGAUCCAACGUGACAAUCUUCUACCACAGCCACUUGGGGUACUACCCCUAUUACUCAGAUAACGGGGAUCCCGUUAAUGGAGGGGUGCCCCAGAAUGAAAGUCUUAUCAAACACCUUAGCAAAGCAAAGUCUGACAUUGAUUACUGCAUACCCAUGAAGAAAUUUCAGGGACUUGCAGUCAUUGAUUGGGAAAACUGGAGGCCCCAGUGGGAUAGGAACUGGGGCAAUAAAAGCAUUUAUAGAAAUAAAUCUCUCGAGAUCGUUAGGAGACGACAUCCUCGGUGGUCAGAGGACAAAAUUAGGAAAGUGGCUAAAGAGGAAUUUGAAAAUGCUGGCAGGAGUUUUAUGAAUAACACCAUCCUUCUGGCCGAGCAUAUGAGACCAAACGGUUUGUGGGGUUACUAUCUUUACCCAGACUGCUACAAUUAUGACUACAAAGAACACCCCCAGACAUACACAGGGAAAUGCCCAGCCAUUGAGUCUUUCCGCAAUGACCUCCUGCUUUGGCUGUGGAAGGAAAGCACUGCUCUCUACCCUUCUAUAUACCUGGAUUAUAUUCUGAAGUCAAGUCCAAACGCACUAAAAUUUGUUCACUAUCGGGUUAAAGAGGCAAUACGUGUUGCCUCAAUUGCUAGAAAAGACUAUGUUUUGCCUGUAUUUGUUUAUUCCAGACCUUUUUAUGCCUAUACUUUUCAUGUUUUAACAGAGAGGGAUCUGGUCAGUACCAUCGGGGAGAGCGCGGCUUUGGGAGCAGCUGGAGUUGUUCUCUGGGGCAGUAUGCAGUAUGCCAGCUCAAAGGAGAGCUGCUUAACGGUGAAGCGGUACAUCGACGGACCUCUGGGACAUUAUGUCAUUAAUGUCACCUCAGCAGCCAAGCUCUGCAGCAAAGUCCUGUGCAAGAAGAAUGGCAGAUGCAUCCGCAAAAACAGCGACUCCUCUGCCUACCUGCAUCUGUCACCUGCUGAUUUUAAGAUCCACGGCCGUCACUCAGAGAGGGGCCCCAGGUUCCGGGUGACUGGCAAACCCAGCCUGGAGAGCAUUGAGGCCAUGAAGCAGUGGUUUAUUUGUCAGUGUUACCAGGGCUGGACUGGAAUAUUUUGUGAAUUGCCUGACCAAAAGCUAUUGGAACACUGGGUUCAUGUAGUGUUUAGUAGAUCAAGAAAACAAAGCCUUUUUACCUUCCUGUUAGGAGCCAUGCAGCUCCUUCUGCUUUGUUCUACACAUUGAGGUCUUCUAAGGCAGUUCAAGGGAAUAAAAAUAGUGCCUCCAAGAGUCCUGUUUCUUAAAAAAAUUAUUGUAAAGGGAAAAGGCAUUCUUGAUGAAAUGAUUUUAUUCUGUUUUAGUAAUUUUCUACUCCUGGAACUUUUUUAGACAUUAAAAAUUUUGAAAGCA